AAUUUAAUAAAGUAAGAAAAUCUGGAAGUGCUAAGCCAGAAACCAGGGGUGUGAACAUUGGAAAGGAAAGACUAUCAGAACAAUACUUUUUAUAAAAGAUGUACUGGCAAAAAUAAUUUUUACUAGUGGCCCUUGAUAAAUUUAGUGCCUUAAGGAAAAAGAUGGGGUUUGGAAAUGAUCUGAAGUAUUCUCAUGAAGCUUUGCUAAAACUGCAAGAUUGGGAGUUACGGCUAUUGGAAACAGUGAAGAAAUUUAUGGCCAUGAGAAUAAAAAGUGACAAAGAAUACGCAUCCACUUUACAGAAUCUUUGCAAUCAGGUUGAUAAAGAGAGUACGUCACAGUUGGAUUAUGUCAGUAACGUAGCAAAGUCAUGGUUGCUCAUUGUGCAACAAACAGAGCAGCUUAGCAAGAUCAUGAAGACACAUGCAGAAGACUUGAAUGCUGGGCCAUUACAUAGACUUACUGUGAUGAUUAAAGACAAACAGCAGAUAAAGAAGAGUUAUGUAGGUGUUCACCAGCAAAUUGAGGCAGAGAUGUUCAAGGUUACAAAAACUGAAUUGGAAAAAUUAAAAUCUAGUUAUAGACAAUUAAUUAAGGAAGUAAACUCUGCCAAAGAAAAAUACAAGGAAGCACUAUCUAAAGGAAAGGAAACUGAAAAAGCCAAAGAUCGCUAUGAUAAAGCCACAAUGAAACUCCACAUGUUGCACAAUCAAUACGUGUUGGCAUUGAAAGGAGCACAGUUACAUCAGCACCAGUAUUAUGAUGCUACACUUCCUUUGUUCCUUGACUCUUUACAGAAGAUGCAAGAAGAAAUGAUUAAAGGACUGAAAGGAAUUUUAGAAGAAUACAGUCAGAUCACCAGUCUUGUGACAGAAGAACUGGUGAAUGUUCAUAAAGAUAUCCAGAUAUCUGUUGAAGAAUUAGACCCUGGUUCAGAGUACAGUAGUUUCAUGGAAACUCACAGGACAUCAGAUAUUGAACAACAAGAAAUAGAAUUUGAUACAUCAUUAUUAGAAGAAAAUGAAAAUCUUCAAGCCAAUGAGAUUAUGUGGAAUAAUUUGACAGCUGAAGCUUUACAAACUAUGUUAAAAACUGUAGUAGAAGAACUGAUUCAGACACAGCAGACACUUCUAAAUAAGGAGGAACUAGUUCUGGAAUUAGAAAAGAAGAUUGAAGAGUCUUCUAAGAUCUGUGAAAGAAAAUCUGACAUUGUACUUCUGCUAAGCCAGAAGCAAGCUCUUGAAGAAUUAAAGCAAACUGUUCAGCAGCUGAAAUGCACUGAAGUCAAAUUUGCAGCCCAGAAGGAACUUCUUCAACAAAAAGUGCAAGAAAAUGAUGGGAAAGAGCCCCCACCUGUUGUAAAUUAUGAGGAGGAUGCCAGAUCAGUCUCUUCUAUGGAUAAAAAAGAUAAAGUUUCCAGGUUUGAUACUAUUCGACAUUCCAUUGCUGGUAUGAUAAGAUCACCAAAGUCUAUGUUAGGCUCGUCAUCGUUUUUUGAUGUAAUAUCAGCGGGUGAAAAACCCCUGGCAGAACAAGAUUGGUAUCAUGGGGCAAUCCCAAGAAUAGAAGCUCAAGAGCUAUUAAAACAGCAAGGAGACUUUUUGGUGCGAGAGAGCCAUGGGAAGCCUGGUGAAUAUGUCCUUUCUGUGUUUUCUGAUGGGCAACGGAGACACUUUAUCAUUCAGUAUGCUGAUAAUCAAUACAGAUUUGAAGGAACAGGAUUUUCAACGAUUCCUCAGCUUAUAGAAUAUCAUUAUACAACAAAGCAUGUGAUUACAAAGAAAUCAGGUGUUAUUCUGCUGAAUCCUGUUGUUAAGGAUAAAAAAUGGAUUCUCAAUCAUGAAGACGUCAUUCUGGGAGAAUUACUUGGCAAAGGUAACUUUGGUGAAGUCUAUAAAGGAACAUUAAAAGAUAAAACGCCUGUUGCUGUAAAAACAUGUAAAGAAGAUCUUCCUCAAGAACUGAAAAUAAAGUUUUUAUCAGAGGCCAGAAUACUCAAACAAUAUGAUCAUCCCAAUAUCGUAAAACUUAUAGGAGUAUGUACUCAAAGGCAGCCUAUUUAUAUUGUGAUGGAGCUUGUUCCAGGAGGUGAUUUUCUUUCUUUUUUAAGAAAGAAAAAGGAUGAGCUAAAAACCAAACAGUUGGUGAAAUUCUCAUUAGAUGUUGCUGCUGGGAUGGCGUAUCUUGAAUCCAAAAACUGUAUACACAGGGACCUUGCUGCAAGAAACUGUCUAGUAGGUGAAAAUAAUGUUCUGAAAAUUAGUGACUUUGGGAUGUCUCGUCAAGAAGACGAUGGAGUAUAUUCAUCUUCAGGAUUAAAGCAAAUUCCAAUCAAGUGGACUGCCCCAGAGGCCUUGAACUAUGGACGAUACACUUCUGAGAGUGAUAUAUGGAGUUAUGGGAUUUUCCUCUGGGAGACGUUCAGCUUAGGUGUAUGCCCGUAUCCAGGCAUGACUAAUCAGCAAGCACGGGAACAAGUGGAGAAAGGCUAUCGAAUGUCAGCACCUCAGAAGUGUCCAGAGGAUAUCUAUAAAAUAAUGCAACGAUGUUGGGAUUACAAUCCUGAAAUGAGACCAAAAUUCAGCGAGAUUCACAAAGAGCUGUCUGCACUGAAAAAGAAGGUGACAUCAUGAGAAACUGGCAUGACUCAAAGGACAGGACUUCCUUUUUUGUAGAAAAGUAUUUUUCCUGUCAUAAAUCUGACACAUUUAUAUCAUAUUUCUUCUGAUAUUCUUCUAGGAUUCCUUUUUUAAAUCAAAAAAACCUCUUCUAUUCAAAUGUGCCCAACCUGAAGAAUGUCUAUGUUAAAAACAGAGUGUUCUGCUAAGUGCUUUAUAUGCUGUUAUUUAGGUUUUGUGUAAAUAGAUAAACAUGUAAUAUAUGUGUAGAGUUAGGAAAUUCUGGCUCAUUUAGAUAUUUCUGUGAUAAAUCCCGAAGAAUAUUUUGGGGGCUUUGUUUGUCCUUUUCAAUCCAUGCACUUGCAACAGUCUUAGUGUAAGCCCAGUGCUUCAUGAAUCAUUCCCAUGAAUGUUAAAGCUAAAGGCACAGUUUUCAAUAUAUCUUUUAAGGAAAGGAACAUACAUGUG